AUGCCACCCUCAUCGGAACACAAUUUACCACCACCUUCCUACGAGGAAGUCAUGAGCCAAACUUCCACAGGCUAUUCCUCUCCCAAUUCAUUGCCCGUUGGUCACGCGCAAAACGCAGCAUAUAACUCUCCCCCUCAGAGACCCCCUCAAAGACCGCCACGGCCCUCGAGCUCCUCCCAAAUUGACCAUGCCAGCUCUAGCAGUGUAUCUACCGCUAACAAGCUGCCUUGGACCUAUCCCAGAGGAUACUAUUGCACUAAGUGUGGGAACUCAGGCUACAAAAUCAAGAACGGGCAGUCAUGCAAGCGAUGUUGGCGUAAGUUUGCCAUCCCUAUGCCCAGUGAACACGUCCAAGUGCAAUAUGUUGAACCUAUUUACAGACCUAGUCCGAUCUUUCCCCCAUCACAAGGUUAUUCUACAUAUGGCUCCUACUACCCAUCAAAUCGUCCACUUUCCUAUUCGUCGCAGCCGUCAGCUCCGCCGGGGGUCGUGUUUCCACCUGGAGACCCUAGAAUUGGGGGGUUUCUAUGCGGAGAAUGUCGCGGUAAAGGCAGAGUAAGAUUUCUAUUGGAUAAAGAAAUAUGUCCCACUUGUCGUGGAGUUGGUAGAGUAUUUUAA